CGGAGUGAUGACAUGACUGGAGUCAAACUUGAUACUGAGAAUGUGAAAAAAAUUAACGAACGAAUAUUACUGUUUUAAAAUCUACAUAAUAAUUUGUAAAAAUAAAUAUAAUGUACAUUGUUUGUUUAGUGGUUCCUUGAGGGAGAUGCUGUGUGCUGUAGGGAGCUGGGGAAACAUGGGGAAAUGGAAUUUGGGAGUAGUUGUGCCUACACUAGGACAGAGCGCGGUAGAAGCGGUGGGAACCAGAGAAACAAGUGAGCGAGAGAACAGAGGAGCUGAACUGAUUUGACAAAAGAACCAGAAAAGAACGACCGGUGUGGUGUUCUGGACUUCGAAGUAGCUGGUGACAUAGUUCAAUUUGGUUCUCUUGCUCGAGUGAUUGGAAUUAAGGUGAAGCUGUAAUCCCCUACUAACUGACAGAAUAAUCUGUUGAGAGUUCAUUGGCAAAAAAGAAACUGUAACGCACUGAAGGUGAUCCAUGCAUCCUUAAAAUAAACACAUUUUUUGGUGCAGAAAACUUGUGCAUAGUGUUAUAAAAUAAUAUUUCGAAGUAAAGUAUCUGCCUCCUUUACCAACUGUUUAAUCAUGUUUUAAGAAUAUUGUACAAGCUUUUUUUAGAAAGCUCGAAGGAGCCCUUGGAACCAGACCCGGCACUGCGCAGGUGUUUGUUGAAAGAAAGGAAAAGGGAACUAAACUAAUUUGCAAUCUUAGUACUUACGGAGCAUUCUACUUCCCUUCAUUUCUACACUAAUGGGGAAGGUGUUAUCAGUUGUCCAGAGAAGGGCGAAUCGAUUUAACGUGGAGAAUAGAGCGCAUAAAAUAAUUUCGAAAGAAAAACCUAUGCCGGCACCAAUGCAUCCUUAUGCCAAAGAACAACUGGAGAAAUUAAUGAAAGAACAUCCAGAAAUAAUUGAACAGCACCAGCAGAAAGACCCGAAUUUGCAGAAGUAUUUAAAGCAAGUAUUUGUGACGUCUGAAGAUCCUGUACAGAAUCCGGACACUAUUCAGAAGCACAAGGAGGACCAAUCUCUGUUACCACAAAAUCGUCAACCCCCAAAUGAACCAGAAUUUGGGUUUCAUGAACCUGCAAUGAUUCCCAGGGGUCGUGUAACCUUGCGACAAGCACUUAAGUUUAUUACAGAUCAUCAAACAGAUCCAAGCAAAUGGACUGCAGAAUCAAUAGCUGACAAAUAUAACCUGUCACCACAAAUAACAGGGCACAUCCUCCAGUAUUUUCACACAUUUGAAGUUUAUAUUCCAAAUGUAGAAGACCCUAGCUCAAAAAUAGCUGAACCAUUUAAGAGUAAAGUAUCUAUAGGAGAUGGAAAAUCAUCUUAGUCAUGGAGAAGAGAGUAUUGAAUAGGUUUUUGUUGAGCUUGUGUACAUACUGUUAAUAAAUUGUUAUUUAUAAUCAUUAUCAAUCAUGAAAUAACAGAAACAUAUAGCUAUUUUACUCGUGUAAAUAUUCAUUAAUGAAUUCUUGCUUACUGCCUUAUAUGCUCCUUGAAGAUUGUAUUGUAUAAUUGUAAAAUUGUUUCUGAGUUUAUCUGUAAGAAAAAUGUAUUGAGUUUAAUUCAGUGGUUCCCAAACUUAUAUCCAUAAAUUCUUUUUCACAGCAAAAUCAGGUCAAUAAAUACCAGAAAUAUCAUGAUUCUCUCAUUACUAAUAGUCCGGAGCAGGGGUUCCUAAACAUUUUUUUUUACCACACCACCAUCUGUCAAUACCAAAACAUCUCACACCCCUGUAUCGCAUUUGUACCUGGUAAUGAAUAAAACAAAUGGGUUUUUGAACUCGUGUUAAUUUCUUUUUUCCUUUUUCUUUGUGAGUCAAAUAAAUGCAAUACUAUUUAUUUCUAAUUAAUAUUACAAGAGUAAAUUUAAAUUAAAUGUCAUUAGAAGGAUAAGCUCAAAUUUUUUACCUGAUGGCGUAUCCUUGGUGGAUAUCAGAAAGUGCUUUACACAAAUAAUUUGUAGUGACAAGUUUGCCCUGUUUAUUUGUUUUAUUGACUAGUGCUGAAACUUUCUUGCACAAAUCACUCAAUACUACAUUGCAAAUAACAAACAGGAUGUUUGAUGCUGUCCUUUACCAUGCCAAUACGCCCAUAUUUAAUAUCUUUGUUUUACUAGCAUUUUUUUGCUGAGCUCAAUGACAUGUCCCAAUGCAACUGACGAAAUUCACAUCUUCCAAUUGCGCCCAGUUCAUGGUAAUGUUCAGGUAUACCACAGCUCAACGGGUCCCGUGCCUCCCUUGGAGGGGAACACUUUGGGAAUCAAUGCUCCAGAGGAAUUGAUGAAUUUAGAGUUUAACCAGUGGAAUGAUAGCUCUCAAGAAAUUCAUGUGUCCUAAAUGAACUUGGAAAAUAAUUAAUUGGAUUUGUUGACCACUUGUAAACUCUUUUCCUUCCUACUACAGAUGUGUAGUUUUGAGGAAUGAUCUGUCAGUCUAUUGGGUCAAACACUUUGCAUCUUCUAAUAAGAGAGAAACAUUUGUGGAAUAUAAUGUAUACUACUUUGAUUUUCUGUAAUGUGUAAUUGUCAAGAAAAAACUUUCCUCUACACAUCUUUCCAAUAAUUUUGUUUAUAUAUUUAAGGCUUACACUAGAAAUGUUGGUAAGGAAAGAACUCCUGGACAAAAUAAUCUGAAGAUUACUUCUCCUUUGCUGUUAUGGGUAUGCAUAUUCAGUAACAUUUCUACAGUUAAUUUACCCCCCCC